UCAGCUGCGACGUUGCUGUGACGUCUGUCAGGCAGUCGGUUUUAGAAUACACAGGUUACAUGGAAAAUAAUAAUAAUAAUAAUAUAUCGUUUUAAUAUUUAUGACAGCGCCUCCAGUAUGACGUUUCGAGGCAGGUAACUUUAACUUACCUCUGUCCAAAUUAAAGGAGAGUAAUGUUUGCUCGCGGUUAGCAUUAGCAUGUUGUCAGGUGUUAGCCGUUAGCUUUAUAGUUAUCCCCCUUUUUUUUUGGUCUGGAAAAGUUGUGCUACAGGGACUUUGUGAAAAGGUGUGCCGACUAUCUGGGGAGUGCUUUUGUUUAAUUUAAUUAACUGGACAACCGGUCAGGAAAAAACCCUAAACAGUUCAGGUGUCAUGUUUUUUAUGAGUAGCUAGCUAGCUUGUUAGCUGCGACAACAUAACAAUAACAUCCAGCAAACUGGACAAAACGUUGGAUUUGGUUGGGUUUAAAUCGGGCUCGGCGGGUUCGCUGACCCCCCAGAAGAAGAUGAAGAAAAGGAAGGAGCUAAAUGCCCUGAUCGGACUGGGGGACAGUAAGAGAAAGAAGACCAAAAAGUGUUCCGGUCACAGACUGCUCCGAACCGAGCCGCCAGAUUCGGAAUCAAAUUCGAGUUCAGACGACGAUGAGUUCAACCACGUUAGCAACGGGUCUAAUUUUGGCAAAAGGAGUUACACGCAGUGCUGCAGUUUGUGCUACCCCUUAUUUUUGUUCAUCAUAUUAGCCGCUUGUGUCAUGGCUUGUGCUGGUCUUAUCUGGAUGCAGAUUGCACUGAAAGAAGACCUAGACUCCCUGAAAGAAAAACUGCACAGCAUGGAAUCUAGCCAGAAGGUGUCGUCAAAUGAGAUUCCAAAACUGAGUGAGGACCUGAAAACCGAGCAGAGAAUGAUUGAUGACAUUGAAAGUGGGGAUAAGGGACUGAGCAAACUCUGGUUCAACCUCACUGAAAUUAACAGAAAAAUCACUUUACUGGAUUCUGCAGUGAACCACUUGAAGACCAACUUGAAAUCAGCUGCUGAUUUAAUUAGUCUUCCCGUUACAGUCGAAGAACUUCAAAAGAGUGUUGCUACAAUUGGCAGCACACUAACUAGUGUACAACAUGAUGUGAAAACAAUGCAGACGGCUCUAGAAAACCAAAAGAAUGGUGACUUCAAGAAGACAACUGAUGUAACUGACCUAAGAAAAGUAGUGAGCGAAGCCAACAAGACGGAGGAGGUCCACCGCUCCUGGACCGACAAACAGAUCCACUUCCUGUUGACUAAUGUCUCCAGUCUUUCUCAGAGAUUGUCCACAUUAGAGAACAGGACAGACCAAGCAGCAAAGCAGAGUGUCAACAGCACACGAACUGAAGGGCAAGUCAGCAGUGACAGUCCAACUGCAGCGAAAGAAAACGCAACAACCAAACAUCCACCACAGGAUGUUGCUGAACUGGCCACGUCAGUGGCAGAGCAACAGUUAAUGAGACAUCAACGUUUUCUGUCUGGAAGCCGCUCUAAGAGAAGCACUGAGACAGGAUGUCCAAACACGGUGUCCCUGCCUCGUAUCACAACUGUCAAAGAUCUCGAGGAUGUCUUAAAGCACAACGCCGCUGGCCAUCACUCCCGCGGCGUGACCUAUCAGUACUUAAGGAAAGUAUUUGGGAAGUCCACACCCCCUGUUCAUAUCUUGGAGUGCUACGACCACGAUGGGGACAGAAGGUACUCACUGGAAGAGCUGGCGGCUGCUGCAGGUUUGUAACACAGUUCUUACUGACGGCAGAGAACAGUAUUGAAACCCAGCAGGGUCUGGAUUGUGGAUUCACCACCCACCACCGCUGCCGCCACGAACUUGCUGCACUUUUUUUGUGAACUGCAUAAUUAUACAGAUUGUGGAUCAGCGACACUGGUGUGCACCUCCUUUUUCUUUCUCGCUCUCUCUCGGGUGAUUUCACAACUUCAGCAUCUGCUUACAUUUUAAAAAGAAUCCAUAUAAAUUGAAUAUUUUCUGUCACGCGCAUCUGUAUUUCAGCAAAAUCCUUUGGAAAAUCUGGACUGUAAAUAGGUUUGAGUACUAUUUUCCACUCAUGUAGAUUCUGGCUUGUUUGCCCCCCCCCCCCCCCCCCCAGUGUUUUACCUUCAUGUAUCAUUUUAUUCGCUUCAGUGGAGGCUGUAAGAUUACUGUAGAAGUGUUGUCUCCUCAGCACACCUGAACCGUAUUUAUAGAAGAGAUUAGACUUUAAGAAUGUUUACAAAUGACUACUAGAAACAGAUUUUUGUGUGAUUUUGUUUUUGUCUUUUUAACCAGUUUCCUAUCUCACCUGAAUUGACUUUUGGAUUAUUCUUUUCUAAGAUUCAGUGUAAACCUUCUAAUUUUUUUUUCAUUAGUUGGAUCACUUUUAGCUCCUCUGUUGCUUCAUCUGUCACGGCUGUUUUUAUGGUUAUUUUUCAGUUCUGUAAGAUUUGAAGGGCUACAAACGAAUUUUAAGUGGGAGCUCAAGAGGCAUAUGUAGCAAUAACAAAACGACCUUGUGUUGGUUAAGAACUGCAGUAGUACAUUUAAGACGGGGUGCACUAAGCUCCUAUUGUGUAACAGGUAGUAGAAGAAGCACUGACUAUCACUGUUUACUUGAUCCAUUUUAAGGACCUCAAUGACAGUCUGUCCAUAAGUAUUUGGACAGUGGCUUUUUGAGUGUCAUUUUAUCUCCGUGGGCAAUCACAAUGAAACUGGAAUGAAAUUAUCAACAUGUGCUUGUACUGAUGACUUUAAUUCAAGGGAUUUAACAAAUAUAUUAAGUUUUGGAAUUAGCUAUUUUAAUGCACAAUUGCUUUUCUUCCACAGGCUGUAAGUAUUUGGACAAACUAAAUAGGAUUAUUUUGAAUACAAGUCAUCACUUUUGCAGCCAGUUUUCUUUAGGCACACAGGGCUGAUACAUGAAAUGAUUUGGUGCUUUUACCAUAAAAACACACAAUCAUGAUAUUUUACAUGUAGCUGCUCUGUGACUUGGCAGUUCUCUGAAGUUGAUCGACUGUACAAGAAGGAGACAAGUGAGGGAAGCCACCAACACUCCCAUGAGAACCAUGAAGGCGCUAAGGCUUGUGUGCCUGAUGAAAGUGUGCAUAUUACAGCUUUGUUGGAACACUGGUUAUAUACCUUCGUGGUGGAACUGUGCAAAGAAUUUUCUUAAAAAUACUGAAAUUUCAGCUAGUUUUCCCAGAACGCACUUGGGAGACUUGGGCCUACAUUUGAGCUGUUUUCUUGUGUUCCACUCCGGUGUGACUUGUGGUGCAUCAGACAGAAGUUGGACAAUAGAUGACUUCAGGCUCCCCUGCACAGAGCCGUAUAGAAGUACAAGAGGGUGCUCUCCCAAAGCUGCCUACUAAAUGUUAAUGUCCCUUCAUGGAGCGCAGCAUGCCACUUUGUAACUGGGCAAAAUAUUGACAAAGUGCCCAGAUGUGACGUUUUCAUAAGCAUUUUCAAUGUGAGUGAACACACGAGGAAAAAAGCUUGCAAAAUACUGUUCUGACCUGGAUAUCGAUCCAUUAAAAUUAAUUUACAUUAAAGUAUGUGAGGAAAGUAUGAAGUUUCCCCUGACACGUGCACAUUCCAAAAUCUUAGUGUUGGAAGUUAUACGGACCCGAUCUACUCCAGCUGCAAUCACCAGUUGAUCCAGAGAAUGUCUGUGAGCUGAGCUAACGUUCAGUGCAGCGCAGCUCAUCAAUCCAUUACAAUAUAUAUAAAUAAUUACCUUUGAGAGGAUUCCCAAUGCAUUCUCCACCACGCAACGCGGACGACACAACCUGCAGCUGUAAACGAUUUCUGAUUCUAUGAGUGAGUGGUUUCAUUAGCCAAGUUCUGAAUGUAAAUGUGUCAUCGGCUGUGAAAUUUGGGUGGUGGCCAAGUGGUUGGUGCACUUGGUUUCAGUGAGGAAGGUUCCCAGUUCAAAUCCCACUCCUGCCACAUUUCUCCAUGUAAUGUAGAGUUGCUUCAGGAAGGACGUCCAGCGUAAAACUUAUGCCAGUUCAACAUGCAGAUCCACCUUGACUCUACUGUGGCGACCCCAAGUGUAAACAAGUGAGCAGCUGAAGGGACUUACUUACUUGCUGCACAUGGAGUGAUUACGGUUGCGUGCUAACAUGGCGUCAUACAGAGAUUGUUUCCUCAGUUAUUGGGAAAUUAAGGAUCUGGAUGUGAAUCGUCCUUGGAUUUGAAAGAUAUAUAUAUAUAUGUUAGUACACAUUAACUUAUAUUUGAAUGCCUUUGGUGACAUUUCAUGGCUUGUUUCUUUUCCCUGUGCAUGAUGAGCAGUGACAUCAUCUUCCUUAUUUACAACGGCGAGUCGAGCUGGAACCCCUCUGGGUGUGCAGGAGAUGAUGGGACGCUGAAACACUCUAUAGUUUCUGCAGUCACACCCACUGAAGCCUGUAAAUCUGUUUCAAAGUGGUCAUGGGUGUCUUGGUGGCUUCCCACAUUCAUCUUCUUGCAGUUUUUGAGACCUGCCUAUCCGACUCAUCUAAAGAAGACUGGCUGUAAAUCCAAAGUCUUGUAUUCUCAAUAAUCCUAACAUUUAAUUUGUUCAAGUUACAGUCUCUGAAAACAGGGUGGCUGUAAUUCCUAUGUGGUUAAUUAAAAUAUUUUUGUUAAACCAGUUACAUGAAAGUUAAAAUGCUACAUGACACAUUGUGACCUUUCCAACUCUAUUGAGGCAAAAUGACAAAAAUGCCCCGGUGUUGUCCAAGUACUUAUGGAUCUCUGUAUAUAAUCUGCUAUACUCAGCUAAAAUAAAUACAUAAAAAGGCUCUAAUGUGGAGUCCAAAGCUAUCUGUAAAUAUGAUAAAUGUGCUGUGUUAAACUCAAGAUUAUUUUUUUUAUAUUUUGCUGUGCAGUGCAUGUUGCUUAUAGUGUAACAUGAGCAAGUUAUCAAUUGAAGUCAGAUACUUGUUUUGCAAAACAAUGAAAUUCAUUUUAAAACACACAUUUAGAUGUUUCUGUACAUUUAUGGGUCCAUGCUGCUAUGCUGGAAAGUUUGGUUAUUUUUUUGUGUGAGAACCAGUAAAUAAACAUUUAUGAUGUUAA